UCUCUCAGAUCUCUCUUCCAUGGAUCCCGCUUCUUCCAGAAAUCAGCGCAAUCGAAUCGUCUCUUCUGGGGAAAGGCCAGUCAUGGCGGAUAAUGGCGUCGAUCAGCAGAUUUCUCCCGGAGAUGAAAGGAUUGUUUCUUCUUCCGUUGGUCCUUCUCCUGAUCUCUCCUCAUAUUACAACGUCUUUCAACCCCCUACAAAUCUCUAUCCUUACGAUUGGGAUCCUGGUUAUGCACAAAGCAUCAAUAGUUGGGAUGGAUACCCACAAUAUUCUACUACCCAUGAAGGCCUGCAUGUGCCACAGGUUGUCUACAAUGACAAUUCAUCUUUUAUGUACCAGCCUGGUUUCACCUUCAACCAUUACCCAUCUCUAAUGUUGGAUGGCCAAAUUCCAAUCUCCCCAGCUUAUUUCCCACAUUUUGGUGCACCUUCAUCUAUGCAUUUUAAUCAGUCAGAAAUUGGUGGUGAUAACUCCCGGUUUGACCCAACAACUGGUUAUAUGGUUCCAUUUGGGGGAUAUGGUGGAGGCAAUUUAUCUGGGAAUCAAGGGGCCAACUCUUUAACAUCCUCUAUACCUUAUCCUCAAACGAUGGGUAUACUUGGCCCAUACGACCAUAAUGCUUCACAGUUACCGUUGCAUGGGAAUGGAGUUGCUUCAAGCUCUUCUUUGGGAGGAUAUUAUCAUGUAGGAUCUUCUUACCAGAGUCCAAGCUCUAUCGCCUCAUAUUAUGGAUAUGACAAUCCAGUCAGAUUUACCCCUGACAUAGGUAAACGGAGGGAGAGGGAGUACAGUUCUUUAUCCACCACCACUGAUCUUUUUGGAAAUCGAGGACCAAGGGCAUCCAGCAGGGUAAAGAGUAAGAACAACUCCAGAAUUUGCUCUUCUGCUGGUGAUUCAACAAAUGAUUCUAGUACAGCUGGACCAAAUCCUAGUCUGUAUAACCAUCCAGAAUUUGUGACGGAUUAUAAGAAUGCCAAAUUCUUUAUCGUCAAGUCAUUUAGCGAAGACAAUGUCCACAGAAGUAUCAAGUAUAAUGUCUGGGCCAGCACACCGCACGGCAACAAAAAAUUAGAUACUGCUUAUAGGGACGCGGAGAAGAUGAGUGGAAAAUGUCCAAUCUUUCUGUUCUUUUCGGUAAAUGCUAGUGGACAAUUCUGUGGGGUAUCGGAAAUGGUCGGACCUGUAGAUUUUGAAAAGGAUGCUGGUUACUGGCAGCAAGACAGGUGGAGUGGGCAGUUCCCAGUGAAAUGGCAUAUUGUGAAAGAUGUACCAAAUAACCGAUUUUGUCAUAUUCUUUUACAAAACAAUGAGAACAAGCCGGUGACGCACAGCCGAGACUCUCAAGAGGUGAAGCUGCGUCAGGGGAUUGAGAUGCUCAGAAUAUUCAAAGAAUACGAGGCACACACAUCGAUCCUGGAUGAUUUCAGCUACUAUGAUGAAAGAGAGAGGCGAAAGGUGGGAGAAGAAGGAGGGAGGAAAGAAAACGGGGAAGAAGCGACCUCAUCUGUGGAGCAGUUAUCAGAGCGUCUUCAAGUUGUGACAGUAGAAGAUGGAAAGGAAGGGAAGACUUAAUAACUGAUUGAUACAGUAAUAGUAAAUAGUAGAAAGAGGCAUUCUUUUUGGUAAUCAUGGAUGGGUUCUUUUUUUUUUUUUUUUGGUGGGUGGGUGCUGUAUACUAGAAGAUAACAAAUGUACUUUGUAGCAUUAUAUGCGUUUUUUCUUUCAAAAUCAAUG